AUGCUUUCAAGCUUUUUAAUAGAGCAGAAAGAAAAGGCAAUUGAAGAAAAACGUCAACAAGAGCAAGUGUUUGCAGAAGGUGUGCAUAUUGGAGAUACAUUAAAACAACUUGCUGAGCGUCGUUCUGAUAUAUUUGGUGUUGGUGCUGAAGAAACUUACUUUGGUAAAAAACUUGGUGAAGAAGAAGGAACUAAAAAAUCUGGAUUGGAGAUUUGGGAUGGUCAUACUGCAAGCAUGGAGCGUACAACCAAGCUUGCACACUCUAACAUUAUAUUUGAGGACCAAAUUAAAGCUAUACAUAGAUCGAAAGGUUUGCUACCAUCAGAAGAUGCUGAAAAAAUUGGACCUGCAAUACUUAACAGCACUGCUUCUAAUACUGAACCAUCCAAGUCUUUUGUACCACAAACUCCUGUAUCCAAACCAUUUCUUUUACCACAAGCUCCUGCUCCAGUUUCUAUUCAAAGUACUAUUUCGCAACCAAUAUUUAACCAAUAUGCCCAAUCAGGAUUUGACCAAACUACACAACCAGAAAAUACAUCUAUAACCACUUCAAUUCCUUCAACUCCUUCAAUACCCCCUCCAGCAACUCAACUUAUUCAACCCAUCAGUGUUACACCUCAACUUCCACCACAACCUCCUGUUGCUCCUGGUAUUCCAGCUCCACAACCACAAUCUAUUCGUAUGGCUCCUCCAACACUUAUUCCUCUCCCUCAUACAAUGAUGAUGCCUCCACCAAGAUUAAUGGUCCCUCCACUUGGUUCAAUUUUUCCUGCUCCACCAAUAUAACAACCUAUUCGAGAGGAAGCACCUUUAAUCCUUCCUCCUCCAAAAGAUGAUGAUGAGCCUCAAUCUAAAAAAUCUAAACUUGAUGAAACAGAUACAGAGUUAGUUUCUAAGGCUGAGUUUCUACAAA